AUGUCUGUAAUCACAAUACAAUCUCCAAAACAUUGUGCAACAAAACAAGUACUCAAAAUAGAUAGAAACUACAAGAAAAUCUUGUUUGUUUUCUCAUCAUUUUUCACCACAAUACUCCUACUCAUACUUCUCAUCUAUCUCAUCCUCAAACCUUCAAAACCUCAAUUCUCUCUUCAAGAACUUGAGAUCUAUCAACUAAACCUCACAGGACCAAUCCUCAACUCAUCAAUCCAACUCACUCUCCUCUCCAAAAAUCCAAACCAAAAAGUUAGCAUUUACUACGACGAGUUUCAAGUUUAUGCAACUUACAAGAAUCAACAGAUAACCAGUGAUUCAUUUGUGCCACCCUUUUACCAAGGACAACAAGAGAUCAAUCUUCUGUCAUCUUCUUUGAUAGGAAAUGGUUUACCUGUUGCUCCUUCCAUUGGUUAUCAAAUGGGUCAUGAUCAAGCUUCUGGAAGAUUGGUUUUGAAUCUUAAAGUUAAUGGAAAACUUCGUUGGAAAAUCGGAACUUGGGUUUCUGGUCGUUACAGGUUUAAUGUUAACUGUGUUUCUGUUGUGGCUUUUGGAAUUGGAACUUCCAUGAAUGUCCCUCCUAUGACUUCUCAGUGUUCUACCGUAAUAUAA